UGGUCCCAUUUGUUGCGGGGGUCUGGCUCGGGGCGGCCGCGGGGCGCGGAGCUCCGGGGAGCCGGGCCGACAAGUGCGCAGCCACGACGGAGCAGCCGCGGGACUGGCCGCCCCGCGCCCCCUUCGCCGCCGUGCCCUUCCCCGGCGCGCUCACCCCCUUCUCGGGAUGGGAUUCUAGCGGCGGCGCGGACUCGGCGGGGAUCGCGGCGGAGGCGGCGGCGGCGGCGGCCGAGCGGGGCUCCAUGUUUUCCCCCGGCCAGGAGGAGCCCAGCGCCCCCAAUAAGGAGCCUGUGAAAUACGGGGAGCUGGUAGUUCUGGGGUACAAUGGUGCUUUACCUAAUGGAGACAGAGGACGGAGGAAAAGCAGAUUUGCCCUCUAUAAGCGGCCCAAGGCUAGUGGCGUCAAACCCAGCACUGUCCAUGUAAUCUCCACACCCCAGGCAUCCAAGGAGAAGAUCACAGAUAACCUACCCAACUGCAGUCAGCUUUCGAGAGAUGCUUUCCAGCAGGAAGAGAGGCAGCUAAUUACAAGUUCUCUGUUUCUUGAACAGGCCAUCAGCUCUAAAGGUCAACACAGCAUAUCCUACACUUUGUCAAGGAAUCAGACGGUGGUAGUGGAAUACACCCAUGAUAAAGAUACGGAUAUGUUUCAGGUGGGCAGAUCCACAGAGAGCCCCAUCGACUUUGUCGUCACAGACACCAUUUCUGGCAGUCAAAACAAUGAUGAAGCCCAGAUCACACAAAGCACCAUAUCUCGGUUUGCCUGCAGGAUUGUGUGUGACAGAAAUGAACCAUACACAGCACGGAUAUUUGCAGCUGGAUUUGACUCUUCCAAAAACAUAUUUCUUGGAGAAAAGGCAGCGAAGUGGACAAACCCUGAUGGCCACAUGGACGGUCUCACGACCAACGGCGUGCUGGUGAUGCACCCCCGGGGGGGCUUCACCGAGGAGUCCCAGCCCGGGGUCUGGCGAGAGAUCUCUGUCUGUGGAGACGUGUACACCUUACGUGAAACCAGGUCGGCCCAGCAGCGGGGAAAGCUGGUGGAAAGUGAGACCAAUGUCCUGCAGGAUGGUUCCCUCAUUGACCUGUGUGGGGCCACCCUUCUUUGGAGAACAGCCGAUGGCCUUUUUCACACUCCCACCCAGAAACACAUCGAAGCCCUCAGGCAGGAGAUCAAUGCCGCCCGGCCCCAGUGUCCUGUGGGGCUCAACACCCUGGUCUUCCCCAGCAUCAACAGGAAAGAGGUAGUAGAGGAGAAGCAGCCUUGGGCGUAUCUCAGCUGCGGCCACGUGCACGGCUACCACAACUGGGGUCAUCGGAGUGACACUGAGGCCAACGAGAGGGAGUGUCCGAUGUGCCGGACUGUGGGCCCCUAUGUUCCCCUCUGGCUCGGCUGCGAGGCGGGAUUUUACGUAGAUGCGGGGCCUCCCACGCACGCCUUCACCCCCUGUGGACAUGUGUGCUCAGAAAAGUCCGCAAAAUACUGGUCUCAGAUCCCGCUGCCACACGGAACUCACGCAUUUCACGCUGCCUGCCCCUUCUGUGCCACACAGUUAGUGGGAGAGCAGAACUGCAUCAAACUGAUUUUCCAAGGUCCCAUUGACUGACACUCUGACAGCCACUGACUUUUUUUUGGGGGGGAGGCGGGGGGAAAGACUAUUCAUAUAUUGUUGUGGGUUUUUUUUUAACUUCAGUGGAACUUACUUAAUACACCCAUUCAUCAAAUACUUGGCAUUUCGAACAAAGAAUUUUCCGUAACUCCUUAGUCUGCUCUUUGUUAUUUCUGCUUAAUGUGGUUUGUCCCUGAUCCUCAUCUUACAUGCUGAACUCUUUCACUGAUUAAAAUAUAGUAGCUCUUAAAAAUUCACGAACUGAGGAUGGCUAUUAGAGCAGUAGGCAUGGCCUAGGUACUACAGUACUGCAUUUCUCUGUAUACUGAAUUAUUUAAGAGUUAAGGGUGAUUAGAAGCACGCUUUUACUUUUUAAAACCACUUGUGGGGGUUUCAUAAGGAUUUUGAUUUGUUUUUUUCUUUUUUUUUUUUUCCUUAAGAAAGCCAAAAUUGUGUGAGCCACUCUGAGGUAGCCACUUUUGUUCACUCACUUUCUGCCAUCUGUCACCUUCCCCUGUAGCUUAAGGAGCCCUCUAAGUUUGGAAAAUGUUUGCAAAUCAAACUAAAUUUAAAUGUGAUCAUUAGAUAUAUACAACACCAAGUGGUACAUCUGCAGAGAUAAUUAGAAAUUCCUGAUUUUGAGAGCACAAAUGAGUGUUUACUACGGAAUAAUUAAAUCAGAAUUUCAUAUGAGCUCUGCCAUCCCUUUCUGUUUAGUUUCAUUUCAUUUUGGCUAAUAAUUCGUGGAUUCACAUUCUCUGAACCCAAUACCAGUAGCAAUGCUGCUCCCAGACAUGUAGAAAAACUGGCUGAGUUGAAGUUGAUCUCUUCACAUGGAGCAGGUACUCAUUUGUUCAUUUAAACUAACACCCUCUUAAAUUCACUGUCACAGAUUUGAACUACAUUUUUAACCUUUGUAAAUACGUGUGUAAUUUAUAUAAUUCUAAUAUACUCUAUCCAUACUUGAAUUGAUUUUUCCAUAUUUUGCCUACUUUUCAGUCAUUCUCACCUAUUUGAGUACUCCUUUCCUGAAAGUGGUAAGAUAUAUUAUUUUAAUUGCUGCUGUAUAAUUUGACUAUUUCAAAAGUUUGAGCCUAUCAGUUUUAAAAUAGCUUUAUUUUUCAGUGGAGAUACUGUUUAGGAUGAGGUGUUUUGUUCUAAGUUCUGUUUCGGUGAUUCUUUAAAUGAUGUGAAAGUCUUCCUAUUGGUUGUUUCUUCUAUUCUUCUGUAACUUUAAACCUGCAGACAGAAAAGGAUGAGAAAAUGUGGCAUUGUCUAGAAUAUGUCUAUUGUCAUCUAAUGUGGCCAGAGCCUCUAGUGCUUAGCUUUUGUGGAUAAAGUAUGUCUUUUUCAGCCUGUGAUUCUUGGCUGAAUGAUGGGGGCACAAGGUGAGAUGUGCCUCACCUUGAUAGAUGGAUAGAGGUGGAUUGAGGGUUCUGGAUACCCUAUGAUUAUCUUGGACGGUAGAUGAUCUUCUACCUAGAAAGGUUGGAUCUCACUUAUCAAAAUAGUUUUCAUUAUUCUAGGAAGUUACACUCUGAUAUCAUUUCCUAUGUCAAGGAUCUAUGUUUAAUACAACAUAUACCCCCAAAUUAUGCUAUCAUCCAACUUAAAAAGUUUCUGAUUUGUAGAGGAAUCAGAUAGUUUACAUGCACGUUGAAACUUAGGCGGGGGUGGCAGUGCAUGGCUGUCUAGGUUCCAGUUAGGACCCCUCCUGUCCUCCUUACCUCAGCAGGGGUGGGAAGGUGACAUGUCUGCAGAAGAAAACUGCUUACUUUGGCUACAUCCAGUAAGAUUCCCUGACGCUUAUGACUAAUGAGGUAGUUUUUCAGACUUAGUUUGUGAGAAUAACAAAAAAAAUUUAAACCUCUAGUAAUACUCUGUUACCCAAGUAGAGUAAUAGAAUUGAGAAAAGAUAACUUUCCCAAAGUCACUUUUGUUCUUAUGUCUGACUUGUCAUCACAGUUAAAGGACAAAUCACACCCCUCCCAUAUGUACAUAAAGAAAUCGUGGUCUCAGCCUGACGGAUCAAUAUGCCUUUUUCAAAUGUUUCCAGAAAUAAAGCCCUAGUUGAUGUACUUCCUUCCAUAGAUAAUUUUUUUUCGUUGUUUAUGUCAGUUUACUACAAAAAAAAAAGAUUCAGAGUAGAUGGGGUACAACUCUGAGUAUUUUUCUAGUCUGGAAUUUUUUUAUUAAUAAUCGGUGCUGCCGGGUUCAUGCAUGCUGCAACUUCCAACAUUUCCCCUUAUUUGGUUCAGCUUUCUGCAAAAAGGGCUACAGUUGACACUGCAAAAUAUGUAUUCACCUUCCUGGGUUUCUUCCCCCAUCUGUGGCCCAAAAGAAUGGAAACCUUUUCGUAGAAAUAGCGUAUUUAUCCUCCCUCAAUAGUUAAUUAUAGAACUUGGUACCUAUGUGCCUCAGGGAACCCCUGUGAUAUAACUGGUUAUAGAAUUUCAGGGUUAGGGUUUUAAGAAAGGAGAAAGCCAUGGGAAUAAAUGAUGGGCUCCAUUAAGGAGACUUAUGAAUCUGGAUGCAGAAAUAUGCCAGGACUGGCAUACACAUGAUUGUAGGAGAAUUUAUUUUCCAGCACCAAUAGGGAAUUCACUUUAAGUUAUUGCAUAGACUGUAUUAUGAAAAGUUGAGGAGCACUCUUUUUCUUCCAAAGCUUCAAUGCCUUUUGCUUUUGCUUCCAUUGAAUAAACUCCAACCUCUAUCAUUUGGAAGCUUAGUAUUAUGAUUUGGGUACUUUUGAGAGUUUAAGGAGCACGUGUACCUCUUAAUUUAUGUGUACUUUAGGUUAUAGAAUUUUAGCUACAAUUUUAUGAUUCCUGUUCCACUACUUUUUAAAGCCAUUGUGUUCUUUGUAUGUGCACGAGAGGUGGAUGGUCACCAUUGGGUGAAAACUUUCAGUCUUUAUGUGAUCUUGCCUCAUCACACAGAGCAGUGGAAUAUCUGAGCAUCAAAUGCCAGGACCUUGGUUUUUUAAGCUCUGUCCCCUGGCUCUCCAUCUUAGUCCCUAUUGUUUGUAGCCUGUGGAUGAAGCAGCAGAAGUUCCUCCUGCAUGCUGGACCUAAAGCACAGCUCUGUUGUCUUUGCUUUAUGAACCAAAGGCCAAUGAGACAAUUUCAGGAUCUGUUUUUAAAGAUGCUGCUUCCAUUACUGAAGCAGCAAAACAACAUUGAAAAAGAAAAGUUCAGUAUUUUCUUCUUAGACUUACAUAGCCUCUCAAGUAAAGUUUUGUCCUUACAACGAAUCCCUAAGGGAGAAAUAUAGGGAAAAAAUAUUUUUCCAAUUCUGCUUAACUGUUUCUAAACAGACAAAAAUAAAAUUCAAUAAAAGGGAAGUUGUGUCUUUAGAGUUGACAUGACAGAUUGCUUCUCUGUAUUAAAUAGCCUAGAAGUUAAGGGACUGGUCAUAUUUACCAUGUAUAGUGUUAUGAGCAGUUAAAUUUUAUGGAUAUAUUUGUAAAAAUUGUUCUUUUAUAUUUCAUGUCAAAUUGAAAAGUUUAUUUCUUCACUGUUGUACCUGUGGAAAUACAAGCCAUUUUGCAGGGGGGAAAAUAUCUUCAAAAACUAUUAAACGAUUCUCAC